UAUAUGUGAUUCAGAAACAACAAACUGAACAAUGCCAAGUUUUAGUGUCACCAAACUAUCCAAACCAAUUCCUCACUAAAAACAAACUACUAUGAUGAAGGAACGUAAUCUCAAUAUUUGCAUUACAACAACACUGAGAGUGUUUAUGAUGCUGUCAUUCUUUUGUUGCACCAACGUUGCAACUACCACAACCAAUAACCUCAAUCCACUUAUCCUAAUACCAGGUAACGGAGGAAACCAACUAGAAGCAAAACUCACCACACAAUACAAACCUUCUUCCUUAAUCUGUGAUCCAUGGUACCCUCCUUUCAAGAAGAAAAAUGGAUGGUUCAGACUAUGGUUUGAUACAUCUGUCUUACUUGGUCCUUUCACUAAAUGUUUUGCUUCUCGCAUGACCCUUUACUAUGAUAAACAGCUAGAUGAUUACUUUAAUACCCCUGGAGUAGAGACACGUGUCCCUCGCUUUGGUUCUACCUAUUCUCUUCUGUAUCUUGAUCCUAGUCUUAAGGUUGUGACAGAUUAUAUGGCACCUUUAGUUGAAUCAUUAGAAUAUAUUGGUUAUAUAGAUGGUGAAAAUUUGUUUGGAGCUCCGUAUGAUUUUCGAUAUGGUUUAGCUGCACCGGGCCAUCCAUCUCGUGUAGGUUCGAAAUUUUUGAACGAUUUGAAGAAUUUGAUUGAAGAAGCAAGUAAUUCCAAUGGAGGAAAACCCGUGAUACUUGUUUCACAUAGCUUGGGAGGUUUGUUUGUGUUAGAACUUCUUAAUCGAAACCCGUCUUCUUGGCGAAAGAAAUUUGUUAAACAUUUUAUAGCUCUUUCUGCUCCAUGGGGUGGAACUGUUGAUGAAAUGUUCACUUUUGCUUCUGGGAAUUCUUUGGGGGUGCCAUUAGUAAACCCUUUGUUAGUGAGAAAUGAACAGAGAAGUUCUGAGAGUAAUCUAUGGCUUUUGCCUAAUCCUAAGAUGUUUGAUGUUGAGAAACCAUUGGUUACUACUCCGAGUAGAAACUAUUCGGCUCAUGAUAUGGUUGAUUUUCUCAAAGAUAUUGGUUAUCCUGAGGGAGUUUAUCCUUAUGAGACGCGAAUUUUGCCGUUGAUAGCGAAGAUUGAAGCACCAGAAGUGGAUAUAACUUGUAUUGUAGGGGAGGGUGUGAAGACUCCUGAGGAAUUGUUUUAUAGGAACGGUGAUUUUGAUGAACCGCCGGAGUUUUUGUAUGGUGAUGGUGAUGGAACUGUGAAUAUGGUGAGCUUGUUGGCGCUUGAAAAGUUAUGGAAAGAUGAGAAGAAUCAGUAUUUGAAAGUGAUUAAGAUUGGAUGGGUGUCUCAUACUUCAAUAUUGAAAGAUAAAGUUGCACUUGAUGAAAUAAUUGGUGAGAUUAGUAGAAUUAAUUCUGAUGUUCAACUUGGUUUGAGCAAUAUUUCUUUUGCUAUAUCUGAUGCAAAAUGAUUGCAGACAUGUAAUAUAUACAGUAUAGUACCAAUGGUAUAUGUAUUGCCUGCAAAUUAGAUUUUGUGUGGAGUUUUGAAAUUUGUAUUGGCAUUUACUUAUUGAUUGCUAUGAUGUGAAUAUAUGAAGGAAUAUUUUAACCA